AAUGACUGUUGGGUGUUUCUCCGUACAGCCACUCUUAUGGGAAAGCCGGUCUGUUCGUAGUACAAUGCAGAGAUAGGGGUUCGGCUUGCGCAAGACGAGAGCACCAGCAAAACAGUCGUGCAUAUAUGUAAGUAAGGUGGAUCGCGGCACAGAACAGCACACAUCCUCCUUCAGCUGCACACUUUGCCUCCACCUGCUCCGCCGCCAACACUUGCAUCAUGAGCCGCUACUUGCUCCUCGCAUUCUUCGGAGCCUUGACUGUGGAGGCGACGACACAUGUGAACUCAUCUGACAGUAUCUCCGGUGACUCUUCGGGGGGCUGCAGCUCCCCGUACACUAUGGUUGCUGGCCGCUGCUUAUACAUUAACUUCGCUACCUCUGGCACUUGGGACCGCUUCCACUCCAUGUACUGCAAAGACACAGGAGGGAAUGACCUGGUGACAGUGGACGACGCUAACUUCCUUGCCGACCUUGUUCAGUACAUCACAAGUAUUGGAUGGCAAGACGGUUUGUUCUGGAUCGGUGCCUCGGACAAGAGUCACGAGGGCCACUGGAUAUGGCCUAACGGCUCCCCCGUCAAAUUGGGCACACCCUUCUGGGGCACGUACGGCUGCUACAACCAGCAGUAUCCCGAUGGAGGAACCAAUGAAAACUGCGCAAUACUAGAUGGAAAUGCAAAUCUAUAUUUCAACGACUUUAAAUGUGACACAGCAUUUGCUGUCUUCGGUAUCUGCGAGAAGAAUAUCUAGGAAAAUUAUUGAGCUUAUAAUUUAGUAAUAAUGUAUGUCACAUAAUUAUGAUAAGCCAUAAGAAGCAAGACAGGAAAUGUACUCUAAAGCAAUAAAAACGAAAAUAUAUCA